AUGAGACAAGGCCCUUUUGACAAAGUCUUGGAAGGCCUCUCUUCCACUGGAAUCACUUGCCCAAGGAUCAAGUUCCAGAGUGGGUCAGCAAAAGCUUUUUGUCUGUUGUUUAUCAAGAGUGGCUCUGGACAAGCUUCCUGGAUUCAGGGUCUGCGUGUCAGACCAAAAUACAGCCUCUUCGUCAGGGCUGGUCUUGCGCACUAUGCAAUUUUGCUUGCUUAA